AUGGCGGCCCCCCAACCGCCGGCCGUUUCUCCUCGCCGGACUCGUGGUUUUAGCGUCAAAUCGGACAAAUCCCAGAAGACCAACGCCUCGGGCCAUAAGUCUAAUCUCUCCGAGUCCUCCGAGGAGAAGGCACGCCGCCAUCUACAGAGCAAAGCUGAUCCCUCGGUCGCCAUGAACGAGUUGCAGCCCAUGGCGGUUGCCCUCCAGGAGUCCACUAUGGGCUCUCUGCGCGCAAUGGAUCACAAAGAUCAGCAGGGCAAUCUCAUCACCGACCCCGACUGGUCCAAUCCCACCCGUCCGCGUUUCGAGCGCCCGCUGGAUACUAUCCGCUCCUUCGAAGCGGCCAUCUACGGCACCUAUGGCAGCACCCGCCCGGUCUCGUACGCACGCACAGAUGACGCCGCCUCGCAGAGGGGCGACUUCAGCCGCCGGACAAGCUACCACGGAGGUGAGGAACCCGCCCUUCCUCACCAUGCAAGCUCCCGAUCCGCCACUAAUCAGCUCUCUGCAGGCGCCAAUGGGCACACGAAUCGCGGAUACACCGAGCAGAACAGCUACCACGGGCGCAACGCCCAGUCCCAACCGGACAACAUCAUCGACGCCUACGGCGGCGCCAGCCAGGCGCCCGACAACUACUACCCGUACAACCAGAAUGGCAGCGGCCGGCGCCCGCGCCACGCCCCGCGCAUGUCCUCGGAGCAGGGCGCCUACAGCAAUGGCAACGGGAGCGGUGCGCCGAACGCCUACCAGCAGCAGAACUACCAGCGCUCCCACGACAACGUCGCCGCCAUGGCCGGCCCUGGGGGCUACGCCGACCCCUACGGCCAGUCGGCGGAUCCCAGCCUCAACAGCUCUAUGGACCAGUUGCAGCAGCAGGCUCUGCAGCAACAGCGGCUUGACGAGCGUGCCCAGGCCGAAUCUGGCCCGAACAUGAACGGACCAGCGCCUGCCGCGCAUCCCAUGUGGGGUGGUGCUUCGCCUGCGAAUGGACAUCUGACAAAGAACCCACCGCCUCCGAAGGCGCAGGCCCCGGCGAAUGGAGAUAAGAGGAAGAGUUGGUUUAAGAAGCGGUUUAGCAAGGGAUAG